CAUUUCAUUUGUCAUAUGAUCUAUAAAGGUGUUCUUGAAUAGGGUAUAGUUUAUUACAUUCUUGUUCGUCUUGUCCCUCAAGACCCCACACACAUAUUCUUGAGGGAGAAAAUGAAUAAAUUUAUAGGCAUUUUUGCAUGUCUCCUGAUUGUGGCAUUGGAUGUCACUGCUGGAAUUCUUGGAAUCAAAGGCGAGGCCGCUCAAAAUCAGGAGAAGCAUUUGAGGCUGUGGAUAUUCGAGUGUAAAGAGCCGAGCCACGAGGCUUUCGUUCUAGGCGUAGCUGCCGCAACCCUUCUUAGUUUGGCUCAUGUUCUUGCCAAUUUGCUCGGAGGGUGCAGCGUCUGCACUACUCAGGAGGAGCUUCAGAAAGCAGCCCCCAGCAAGAAGUUGUCAAUGGCAUGCCUUGUUUUCACAUGGAUCAUCCUGGCGGUUGGUCUAUCUAUGCUGGUGAUGGGAACAAUAUCAAACAACAAAUCAAGGGCAUCCUGCGGCUUCACGCACCACCAUUUCCUAUCUACUGGUGGGAUUUUGUGCAUGGUCCACGCCGUGUUUGCCGUUGCCUAUUAUGUUACCUCCACCGCCGCGCUCCCUUAAAACCGGCCAACAUGUUUCCUUAACUCCCCCUUUUGUCUCCUAACUUUACCUGUUAAUUAAUUGAUCCAAACCCAAAUUCUC